GGUGAACACAUCAGCAAAAAUAUUUUUUCUUAAAAAAAUAUAUUCAAAUUUCAUACUAGAAUGUAUGACUUUAAAGUGUUUCCACAGGCUGUGAUUGCUGUUAUUGCUAGUUUUGGAAGUUUUAUCUUUGGAAUUGCAUUGGGAUGGAGCGCCCCAGCAGGACCUAAACUCAUGAGCAAUGAAAAUAGUUUUGAAAUGCAAAAAACUGAGCUAGCAUUAGCAGCAUCAAUGGUUCCUUUUGGAGGUUUUUUUGCUGCUUUCAUAACUGGAUUCAUACGAAAUCGUUUUGGAACUGUCAAAUCAAUCAUUAUAUUCUCUGUCCCAAAUUUAAUUGGAUAUCUACUUUUAGUAUUUGCACAAAAACCCUGGAUGUUAAUUUUAGGUAGGUUCUGCAUUGGAUUAGCUUGUGGUGGAUACAGCUUUAACAAUCUCACUUAUAUCGGUGAAAUUGCAUCAAAACAGAUUCGAGGAAUCUUACUGACAUUCUACGAAAUAAAUAUUAAAACUGGAGUUCUCUUUGUAUUCGUCCUUGGAAGUGUCACAAAUCUGUUGAUAACGAACAUUAUUUGUUCAGUAAUCGUUGUAAUCUACGCAAUAGCUUUUUCCUUCUUUCCCGAGACUCCAAUGUAUCUGAUGACAAAAGGAAAAGUCGAUGACGCAAAAAAGUCGCUUAAAGUUUUACGAGGCAGUGAUUACAAAUAUGAUAAUGAAAUGAGAGAGAUUCAAGACGAAAUAGAUGAGAUUGAGGCUGCAAAGUUACCGUUCUGGUUGGAAAUUAAAAAUAAAGCAACUCGCAAAGCCUUUUGUUUAGUCGCCAUGAUGUUUGUAUUCUUCCAUAUGUCUGGAACUGAUGCUGUAAUAUUCUAUAUGACAACAAUCCUAAUUGAAUCUGGUAUAAAGUUCGAUCCUUUCGUCGCAACCUCUGUUCUUGGAUUAAUACAACUUCUGGCUAUCAUAGCAUCAGCUUUUUUCAUUGAUCGUUAUGGACGAAGAUUUUUAAUGAUUUCAUCAAACAUCGUAAUGGUUCUAGGUCAACUUGGAAUUGGAUUAUAUUUUUAUUCUAAGAAUAUUUUGGGAUUUGAUGGAUAUGAAUAUUUAACUCUUGUAUUCCUUUGUGUAUUCCUGGUUGGAUUCUCAUUUGGAGUUGCUAGUGUAACUUUUGUAUUAGUCGGUGAAUUAUUUUCAUUAAAUGCUAAAAAAGUUGUUUCUCCUGUUGCUCAAGGAAUAAGCUUCUUGUUCUCAUUCAUUGUGGCAACAUUCUUUCCAUCAGUUGCUGACGCAAUUGGCAUUCAUACAACAUUCUUUAUUUUCGCUGGAUUUUGUUUCUUAUCAGCGAUUUGCAUUACUUUAUUCUUGCCGGAAACAAAGGGGAAAUCACUUUAUGAGAUUCAGAAGCUUUUGAUUAAUGAAAAAUGAGGAUUUGCUAGAGAUGCUAUUUAAAAGCAAAUACUGUAGCAAUGAAAAUCCAAUUGUGCAAGUAGCUUGUAUGAAUAAGAACUUGAAAAAAAUAAUAAAAUUAAAAAUAUUUGACUCAACUUAACCCAAGCAAUUUAUGAUCAUAACCUAGUACAACAAUUCUGACGAAAUAUUCAUCGUAAGAAUGA